AUGUCCAUCGUCGACUACCUCCUCUUCGACGACCAACCGGAGGUUGACGGAGGCUUCCACUUGCCCGACGGCCAAGUGAACGAUGAUCUCCUCUCCUUGCUCUUUCCCUCCUCCGGCCACUCUGAAUUCUACCUUCCACCCGGUUUCAAUCUCUGUGGUCCUUCGAGCCUCCUCUCCGAUGGAGCGGCCUUCGUCACCGCCGCCGUUAAUCCUUACACUGACCUCACCGGCGCCGCCGCCAAUCCUUUCCCUGAGAAGGAGCUCGACUUCCCUCCGCCGGAGAGCUUUGCCCCGGCGCAUUUUCAGAGUCCGGUGGGCGGCGCCGCCACCGCCGGCGGCGAGAAGCCCGGCGGAGGCGGAUGCCCCUCUGCGCAGAGCGCUGCGGCGAGGCAGCGGCGGAAGAGGAUCAGCGAGAAGACGCAGGAGCUGGGGCAUCUCAUCCCCGGUGCCGGCAGGAUGAACACGGCGGAGAUGCUCCAGACGGCCUUCAAGUACGUGAAGUUCCUCCAGGCGCAGAUCGGCAUGCUCGACCUGGCGGGGAGCUUCUCCCCAGAGGAUCUCCGGGAGCGGCGGUCGGCGCCGUGGGGAGAAGCGGAGGUCCUGCAACUCCUUCAGCGGCUGCUGGCGGAGCCGUCGCUGCAGGAGAAGCUCGCCGCUGUAGAGCUCUGCGUCGUCCCCACCAUGGUGUUACUGGUGCUGUCCGAAGACCGUGGUAUCCUCUCCCGCCCUUCCAUAGCCAGAGAACUCCGCUGCGUCCUCCUCCAUUAG